AUGUCUAUCCCAGAGCCGAGAACCACAAAUGUGUCCAAUGGCACCAGCAACACCCCUGUCAGCCAAGGCAACAUCAGCCAACUCCCGGGAAACAAUCGCAGCAGCGUCGACCGAUUUGCACAAGCACCAGCCUCGGACGGCCCAUACUUUGCCGGUGCGCGGAUGUCAGACAGAUCGGCACACAUCAACGGGCUAUCAAGUCAACUCGAUGCCAUGGACAAGAUUAUGAAAACCGAAAGGUAG